CGCGCAUUCGCGAGCGCGACAUUGGCCAGCGCGCACGCGUUAACGCACGCGCGAAUUUCGAAACGAAAAUGAUGCUCGCCGGAGCAGAGAUUGUCGACAAGAGUGUCGCGUUCAGUUCUGAUGGUGUGGUGCUGCCGGGUUCUGCGGCCCCUGCUGCUCCUGUGAUUCCUGCUGCAGUAUCUCCUGCAAUGGCAGUAGCGAUGCCUCAAGCUGCCUCGCAAGGAUUUUCAAGAGUCCCCGCGCGGGAGGCGGUGGACAUGCAUUUCAGCAAUAUAACUUGCACAGUUAAACUUGGAAUCAAUAAAGGAUACAAAGAGAUCCUCCAUGGAGUCUACGGGCGCCUCCGUCCACGGCAGCUGGUGGCUAUUAUGGGACCUUCAGGCGCCGGCAAGUCCACAUUACUGGACGUACUGUCCGGUUACAGGGUCACGGGUGUUGGAGGAGCAGUGUUCCUUAACGGCAGAGGCAGGAUCAUGAAGCAAUUCAAGAAGAUGUCGUGCUACAUUCAGCAAGACGACCGGCUGCAGGGGCUCCUCACUGUCGGCGAAAACAUGACCAUGGCCGCCAGCCUCAAACUACCCACCAGGAUGGAUCGCUACGAGAAGGGGGAGAUCAUAGAAAAUAUCCUCACGAACCUCGGCCUCUAUGAACACUCCAACACCCGCGCUGCACAGCUAUCCGGUGGACAGAAGAAGAGGCUCUCAAUCGCCCUGGAGCUUAUUAACAACCCCCUUAUUAUGUUCCUUGAUGAGCCCACUACAGGCCUCGACAGUUCCUCGUGCACACAAGUGGUGCAACUCUGCAGCAACCUCGCUCGGCAAGGCCGGACGAUCAUCUGCACAGUCCACCAGCCUUCAGCCUCGCUGUUCGCUCUGUUUGACCAAGUGUACGUGCUGGCAGCGGGACAGUGCCUAUACCAGGGCACCACGCAGAACCUAGUGCCGUAUUUGGAACAGGCUGGCGUGCCGUGCCCUAUCUACCACAACCCAGCUGACUAUGUAAUCGAACUAGCGUGCGGAGAAUACGGCGAAGACAAAAUCCAACUCCUAACAACGAAAUCAGAGAACGGCCGAGCGCUGACGUGGUUCGACAACGCGGAUUCCAUCCCCACCAUGGAAGCCUUGAGGAAACAGUUCCCCCUGAGCGUGUUGAAGGCUCAGGACCAGGGGACGGGCAAUGAGGAAACCCCACAGUCUAACCAGAGAUCUGUGCUGAUCAGGACAGGGUUCCUGAAGGCCAAACGAGAUGCUACCAUGACCCACAUCCGCGUGUUAGUGAACAUUCUGGUGGGCGUGAUGCUGGGCUGUCUCUUCAUCAACGCGGGCAACGAGGGUGCCAGGGUGCUGGAGAACUACAACCUGCUGUUCGCCAUCCUCAUGCACCAUAUGAUGUCGCCGAUGAUGCUCACUAUUCUUACAUUCCCAUCAGAAAUGUCCAUUCUGUCCAAAGAACACUUCAACAGAUGGUACUCCUUGGGAUCCUACUACAUCUCAAUAACUCUCGUCGACUUGCCAGUAUCUAUAGUGUCAUGCUUCGUGUUCAGCGUGAUAGUGUACAUCAUGUCUUCUCAGCCGCUGGAGCUGACCCGUUUCGCCAUGUUCUUCGCCAUCUCCAUGUACACUGUUCUGGUGGCGCAGAGCUUCGGGCUCAUGAUCGGGGCUGUCUUCAAUGUGGUGAACGGCACAUUCCUGGGCCCGUCGCUCUCCGUGCCAAUGAUGAUGUUCGCCGGUUUCGGCGUGACGCUGCGAGACCUGCCUUCCUACCUGUACUGGGGUUCCUAUGUCUCCUACCUGCGGUAUGGGCUCGAAGGGAUGAUCAACGCCAUCUAUGGGAUGAAUAGGCCUGUGCUCGAUUGCGAGGAUGAGCUUUAUUGCCAUUACAAGUAUCCUAGCAAGUUUUUGAAGGAGAUCGCGAUGCGAUCCGACAUGUUCUGGUGGGACAUCCUCGCUCUCACCAUCAACGUCGUCGUCUUAAGGACUUUGGCCUUCAUAUUACUAAAGUGGAAAUUAAACGCUGUGCGAUAAAAAGUAAUUAUAGUCAAGGUAUUUAAUAUAGAUGCGGACAACGUGCCAUAGAUAUGUAUACACCAACGGUUAUUGUUUAGGCACUUGUUCCUCCAAAAGCGAGGAAGCGAUGAGCUAUUGGCGGUAGACACGAACAAAAGAUAGUCGCUCCUGUUUUUAGGGUUCCGUAGUCAAAUAGGAACCCUUUAGUUUCGCCAUGUCUGUCUGUCCGUCCAUCCGUCCGUCCGUGGAUAAUCUCAGUAACCGUUA